GUUAUUAUCACACUAUUCAGCGCUUUAUUAUUGAAGAGAAAAAAGAGUUUAAAUAGUUUUUUAGAAAAAUUGAAGAAAAGUUUUAAAGUUUUUUUCAGCAAAAAGUUUUGUACCAAAAAAUAAAAUACUAAAAUAAAAAACUGUUUUUUUUGGUUAUAAACAGUACAGUAGAGUACAGGAGCUGUACAGUUGUUUAACAAUUAAAACUUUAAAUUUUUAAAAACACAACAAAAAAAUACAUUAAAUCUAUGGCAACGAUGAGCGCUGAGAGACCGGCAUUUUAUAGGCCACCGCCCGGCUAUCGGUCAAAGCCGAGGCCGCAGUCGUGUAUUUGGUCGCCGUCGACGGCCAACACAUCCCAGGCCUGGACACCGUCGUCGCCGAUAAGCUAUUCAUACGAUACCUGUUCACUGCCCAGGAGUCCAAAUGUGCAAUCGGGCAGUCCGGCUAGCGAUGCCGGUCUCCGUGCCGGCGAUAUACUGGUCAAUGUUGGCGACCGAUCGACUACUGCACCGCCGAUGACCCAUUCGCUGGCCAGGGAUAUCAUCAAUACGGCCGGCAAUACUUUGAACGUACAAGCUCAGCGACCAUCGGGAGCAGCAGGAGCAGCACCGGGAGGUACCAGCACUGGUACAUCGCCAAUGUCGCCAUCGCGUUCAAUGACACCCACCUAUCAAACUGGUGAACCAUCGUCCAGUCAUACACCCUACAGACCGGGUCCGGUAGGUCCGCGCGGCUAUAUUCCCAACUAUGGACACAAUGAUUAUUACGAAAUAUCGUCGAUACGAAAACCCGAUUCCAAUAGCGAAAAAUUUCUACAAGAAAAAGCUAGAGAACAGUGGGCUAUAUCUAAACAGACAUAUCGCACACUGCCAUUGAUUGAGCCCAGGCCCAAGGUGCGCCGUGAUCAGCCAAUGGGUAUGAGCUAUAUGCGAUUGAUGGAUGGACCAUCAUGGCACGACGUCCCCCGUACGAUUGUCAACCCGAAUCCACCGAAACUCCAGGAGGUUAUGAAUAGGUUUGGACAGAGAGUUCAGGACAACAAUCCCGGUGUCGUACACCUCCAGUAUAACUCACCAAUGAAUAUGUAUAGCAAUGAUAAUGUGGCCAAUGUUUUGCAACCUCGACCCCAACGACCCGGAUCGGUACCCCCACAGUCGUCCACGAGCAACAUAUACAGCCAGAGAGCCCCCAGCACUCACCUACUGAAACCCCAGAUCAACGUUGAUAUAACACAGUCGCCAACCUAUCAGCUGCUGCACGAGGAAGAGGACGGUGCUGCAUCAUCAUCGGGACACGGUUCACCCUAUCAGCACCCGCACCACCAUCAGCACCGACAACAGUCCCACUCGCCUAUAGGACACCACCACUCGCACGCAUAUCCAACUCAAACGCCGUAUUUUAAUUCACUGAUGAACUCGCUAUUGCCUAACCCGGGUGUCUAAACAAAAAAAACUUAAACUACCGGUGCGCUUAUCCAUUGGUUAAUCAAUAAUAAUAAUAAUAAUA